AUGCUAAAACUUAAAAAGGCUCGAGUUCUAAUAAUAUAUGAAUGCUAAUUUUAUUUUACCAACAAAAUUAUUUCAUUUCUCAAUUUUAAUCCAGAAGAGGAUUGGUUGAAAAACAAUUAUAAAUCUUUGAUUGAAUCUAUUGCAAUCUGUAAAGUCUAAUUAUUAUUUUCAAUUUCGUUUUUGUUGAAUUAACCCUCAUUUGAAUCUCUUUUAAAAUCUAAUAUUUUUAUUUCAUUAACAAAUUUAACAGCUUAAAUACAUCUCAAACGGAUUUAAGGUUAAUUUUGGAAAAAUAAGCACAUAAAAAACAAAAUAUCAUUAUCUAAUAGAACUUCUGAAGAGAAGAAAUUUUGA